CAUAAACAAUCACAUAUACAAACAAAUCAAUUAAAACAAGAUCCUAAUUAUUGAGUGGAUGUUUGUAAACAUUUCUGGACUUAGCAAUUCUGUGUGUAUUGGACAAAAAACAGGGAUGUAUUCAUGAGGAAUAAUUAAAGAAACAAUAAUAUUUUUUUUCUUUCGUAAAAUAACAAAGUUCCCCAUGGUACUACGUUCAACAAUGAACAUUCUAUUAAAACUGUUGUGUUUUUUGUUAUGUUUUGUGCAUGUCGAUUCCUUUCUCUAUGCUUCUGUUCCGUGGACUGUAAUAAUUUUCGAUAACGUAGAAAACGAUGCAUCUGAUAACUAUUACACACCCUUCAUGGAAAAUCGACCCUUGGGGCCAGUGAACAACAGGGGGAGGAGACCCCCACCUCCUGUGCGCAACCUAAGACCCCCGAUUCCCAUGGGCAACAUGCGGCCUCCACAAAGGAUGAUUCCAAAUACGAUGAACGUUCCGAGACGGGAAGCGGUUACGCCCGUAAAUACAGUCAAGUACAUCUCCCCCUACCCUAGUACACCCUAUUGUCCUGUUGGCCAGCAGUACGUUUAUUUGCCGCCCACUCUGGAUGGUGAUGCUGUAGCCUCGAUCUGUCCCCUGAAUAAUUCCGUGCAUCCCCUUUGUAGAUGUCAAACAGGCUGUCGACAUAAAAACUUUUUUAUUCCCUAUGGCACGUCAAUAAUGGUUGAUAAAUGUGGAAACAAAUGCUACUGUAAUAGCUUAAAUGGCGAGGUGGAAUGCGAAUUUGACAGUUGUUGAGUGAAACUGCUUCGUUGUGCUUCCUAGAGUGCUAGUCGGAAAUUCUAUAUCUGAACUGAAGUAAUAGUGCUAAAACUCGAUUUGAUGACAAGUUCAAGUUGUGAAGUCUGACUGGUUUUAGUGUAUCUUUUAUAAAGAACUUACAAAAGUUUAUGUAUU